CUCUGCUGAUACUAGGUUGCUGGUUCUCCCCAAGUUCAAAAGAAAAGUGGUUUUUGUGUUCAUCCAAACUCACGAACAUGCAAUCUCCUUCCCUCUACCUCCCCAGAACCUUCACCCCACACCACCCCCAUCACCAACACCUUGGCUUUAGCCACACCCUCUCUUCUACCCACAAUACAUUUCCAUCUCUUUCCUUCUCCCCAAAACCAUGUUCCACAAGGUUCACAGUAGCCAUGGCCCACAAACCCAAUCACAAGAAGAACAAGAGUGGUGUGAGAGUGAAGGGCAACAAGGACAACGUUUGGAGCAUCGACAACGAGCUUGCCAAGGUUGCUUCUUCUCAGAAGGAGAAGAGGAGGAAGCAGAGAGGGAGGAGGAUGGUGAAGAGGAAGAGACCGAAGGGUGGAAGGGUCAUUGUCUCUGGAGCUAUGUUGGUCGAGGUUGAAACUGUUCUUCAGACUCAGGAACCAGUGAUAAAACCAGUUUGGAACACAUUUGCCAGCAGUCUCAGUGGAGUUUGGAAGGGUGUAGGUGCUGUGUUUUCUCCCAUCACUGCUGAAAUGGAGCCAAUGGAUAUAGGUAGCAAGAAUGAAAACCUAUAUGACUGCUAUACUCUUUCCCGUAUAGAGGCAGUACAAUCGCUCACUGGUGAACAUACAUCUCAAAUUCAGAGAAAGGUUAACUGGGUGAGUUUGAAUCCGUAUGGUGAAAUACCACAGCAUAUUGAAGACAGCAAUGUAUCCAAGGAUGUGAAGCACAAACCCAGUGAAAAUGUAACAAAUCAUGUUUUGCCUACAUUUGAAUCCUUUGAAUUUAAAAGAAGUGAUGUGAUGGAAGAAGAUGUCAUGGGCUGUGAGCCAGGCCUUGUUUACUUUGAAGAUGGAUCUUAUUCUAGAGGUCCUGUAGAUAUUCCAGUGGGUGAAUAUGAUGAUACCCAGUACUAUAUCACACCAACUUUCAAGUUUGAACAAUGUUUGGUGAAAGGCUGCCACAAAAGGAUCCGAGUCGUCCAUACUAUAGAAUUCAUUAACUGUGGUUCAGACAUACAGAUAAUGAGAGUUGCUGUGUAUGAAGAAGUAUGGGUCAGUCCUACUUGUGUUGAUGAUCCAAGUGAUUUGGAGUUUGAUUUAAAGCCAUUUUCUCAAAGAAAACGAACCAAGCCAUCGGAGCUGACAGGGUCAUGGAAAGUGUUUGAGGUCAGUGCUAUGCCAGUGUAUGGUGAGGAGAAUGAGGCAGAAGAAAGCAAUGGCACCCCGUACGUCUACCUUUGUACAGAGAAUCUGAAGAAGAGGAACCUCCCUGAGAACACCAACUACUUUGGCGAGGAGGAAAGGUUGGACAUGCAAGAUGUGACCAUGUUAUGGCUUCCUGGGGGUGUGACAUGCUAUGUUGACAUUAACAAGGAGGGCAUUCUUUGUAUUGGAGUUGGUUGGUACUCUGAUGAAGGAAUCAACCUUGUGAUGGAGAGAGACUAUGGAUUGGAUGGAAAGCUUAAAGAGGUGAGAUGGAAAUCAGAGGUGAAGAGAAGGUGGUCUAAUCCUCUUCCCAUUGAAUAAAAUAUGAGGAUUAGCGGCUUGUAAAGUUGUUAAUGUUAUAGUAUGAGAAAUACAAAGAAAAUUCAAUGUUAUACAUAGUGUGUGCAUAAUAAUGUCCAAGAGUGGAUAUCAUGUUAAUUUUUAUUAUCACUU